AUGUCGUACAACCCGCGGAUGAGCAUCAUCCCCGCCACACAGACACAGUCGCGCAAUACUCGCAAGAAAGAAGAUGAAGCCGACGCAUUCAUGCGCCUCCCGGACAAGGAGAUUGUCGGCUGCAUAACAGACAUCGGGAUCCCCUUCAACGUUGCCGACCUCCAGAAGCCGAACCCAUUGCAGGUGCAGAUGAUUUUCGAAUGGUUUGCUGAAUUGCUUCUCAAUGCGACCCGCGAGACCGUCGAACCCGCCAUGCGUGCUGCUGCUGAGGACAUUUGCGGCGAAUACUCUGACAUCGUGCCCCCCGAUACCCGCAACUUGAUGGGCUUCUAUGUUUCCCUGCGAGGUCUUCUUGCAGAGUGCGGCAUCCAGGACUUCAGCUUCAACGACCUCUACAAGCCCACGCACGACCGUCUUGUCAAAAUCUUUAGCUACCUGAUCAACUUUGUGCGCUUCCGCGAAUCUCAGACAAGCGUCAUUGACGAGCACUUCAACAAGGCAGAAACGACGAAAUCCCGCAUAGAGAGUCUGUAUUCGGAGAAUCAGGACAUGGAGUCGCGUCUCGUCGACAUGAAGCGUAACCGCAAGGCAAUGGAGGCACAGGUGCGCGAGAAGACGACCCGCAACGAGGAACUCAAGCAGCGACUGCUGGAACUGCGACGCAACCAGGAGCGCGUGGCCGCUCGUCUUGAAGACGCAAAGGUCAAGAAGACUGAGCUCACGACAGCUCUGGAGGAGAGAACGGCACAGAAGCUUACCGCUAAACAAGAGAGCGCGAAGCUUCGGCCCUACGUUAUGCAGAGUCCAUCGGCGCUACAGGCGACCCUGACAGAGCUGAGCAACGCGCUCAACAGCGAAAAGUCGCAUAUCGAGGCCCUCGAUCGCCGCUCGCGCGCACUCCAGACAUCAGCCGAUUCCUUCUCGGUGGUCUCGACGGACGUAGCAUCAUGUAUCAAGGUGCUGGACGAAAUAGGCACUGAGCUGGCCAAGGAGGAGGACGAGAACCUGAAGAACGUCAAGCAACGCGAUGCACUAUCAGAGCGCGGUAACAACGUGCGAGAAGUCGAGCGUACAGAGGCAUUGCUGCAGCGACAACUGCUCAAGUGGAACGAGCGCACAGAGAAACUCCGUGAGCAAAGUUCUGCCAAGGCCCAGGACGCCAAGGAGAAGAUGGAGGAGCUUCGUGCUGUUCACCGCAAGCUCACCGAGGAGAGGACGGACAAGGGCAAGGAUAUCGAAAGGCGCCGUGUUCGCAUCGAGCAAACAGAGAAAAAGAUGCUGGAUCUUAAGGAGAACAUCGAAAACGAGAUUCACAGUGCUUACGAUGAGUUCCUCAAGAUGGACUCUCACAUCAAGCUAUACAUUACCGAGAUGGAGCAGGCUCUUUAG